AUGCAUGAACUUCAUGACAGCUUGAUGAAAACUGAUCCUUGGUACGAUAGCUCCUUUGACGUGAACAUCGCGAAGUCGGUGUUCUCGGCGGGAAACCUUCGCAAAUUCUCAGCAUCGUACUUUCUUGUAAGUCACCUAGACUUCCCCAUCAUUCACCGACCAGACUUUGGCGCAGAGCGUACCCAUAAACUCUUGCUCCUCGCUGCUGCGCUUGCUGGGGCUCUUAGGUCCCCGCCAAGCGAUGAUGUGUUAGCUGCCCGUGGUUUUUUAAGGCUUGCCGAGGAAUAUAUUUUCCGCAGCUUGGGCAGAUUGAUGUCACCCUGGUCCACUCCAGAUUUCACCAAUGAGGUUCAGGAGACGCUGCAAGCCGCCCUCAUGAUCCACUGUAUCCAGCUCUUCAGGAACGACGUUGCAUCGCGGAGAAGGAAUCGAACUCAACGACUACCAGCCCUUGUGUCCGCUGUCAGGUGUCUAGGCCUGGCACAGACCAAGCAUGCGUCCGUAUUCCAGUACGAGGACUUUGUGCUCAACGAGUCGAAAAUCCGGCUGGCCACAUGGACGGCGUUGCUAGAUUGGCAGCAGAGCAGUAUGUUCAACUGCCCGCUAACAUUAAUGCCUGCUGAAUUGACGUGCGACCUUCCGAGCCCACUGGAGCUCUGGGAUGCGAAGGAUACGGCUGAAUACUUUGAGAAGGCACGCGCACUCGGACUCGAUGGCUCAAGGAGGACAUCGUCAGUCAAGCUAUGCGUCAAUGCAUUGAUGUGCGAGACUUGGGGCGGUGUGGGAAGCUUUCCUUUCCAGGAUAUCAAUGGCUCUGACUUGUUAUUAUUGAUCUUUGCGCUCAACGGCUUGAGUCUCUCGGCAAAUCUCAUGGGAACCUUGCCCUCAAGUGCUCAUACACUUCUCUGCGCCAUAUCUAGAUGGGAAACCAUGUGGGAGAGCUUCCGGGGCGGCAUGAACCCAGCUACUUUAGAAAAGUGUGGUAUUAUGCGGUACAACAGCGAAAUCUGCUGGGAGGCCAGGAAGAUUAUCCAAGUCGCCAUUUCAGGAGACAAAAGCUCUGCGUAUAUGCAAAAGGUUGGGCACGAUUCACUGCUGCAGCUGCAUGAGUUUGUACGCCAGUAUCGUGAUACUUGA